CCUCCUCUUCCUGUCUACCCUGAUGACCCUACAGCCACCGCUGCCGCCAACGUCCCCAUCCUCCACCUUUGCCUCGACAUCGUCGGUGCCUACAACAUCCUCAUCGACAGCGACGCAGAGAACACCGCCACCGCUCACCCUGGUGAAACUCAAGGCGCUAAAGAAUCGAGCCAUAGGGAAUGCGCGUGCGAAGGCUGAAAUGGGCCGGGACGCAGAGCUCGUUGGGAGCCUCGUUCGCAGCUUGAACCCAUAUUACACGGGGGAGCAGGUCACGGACGGGGACGAGAGGGAGGUCGCGACGGAGGCGGCACAUGUCAUAGCGUCCAUAGCGUACGGCCCGGACAGCGUCUUGGAGACGCUCCUCCGCGCGAAUGCACCCCACGCGCUCGUAUGCGCGAUUGCGUCUGCAGCGGCACCCCCAGCCUCAUCAUCAUCAUCUUCUUCUUCGGCAGCCCAGCCAAAAAUAAGGUCAUUGUCUUCCGACGAACCACGCGCAGCCGCGACCCGUGCACUCCGAACGCUUGCGGUGCGGCUUGCGGACUGUGUCGGCCCCGCGGCGUGGGGUCUACGUGAGGAUCCGGAUUCCGUGGUUGUUUUGGAGGCAGAUGAGACGGAUUCUCAGCACGGACAACAGCCAGGCUCCGAAAUAGGCUCAGAAGGCGUCCCAGAGGGAGGAACAAGAAUACGGGUCCGCGAUCUCGCGGGUGUGGCGCUGGACUGGCUGUUCGAGCCCGAAUCUCUGGACGUUCUCCUGCCUCUGCUUGCCCCCGCUCAGUCCUCAAAACCGACAGCCACAUCCAUCGCGCAGAUGCUCGGCUUUGCGCUGCGCCGGGCGGAGCACCGGGCCGCCGUCGUCGCAUGGGUGCCCAGUGGCGGCAGCAGCGUCACAGCAGCGACGCCGACAACGCCGACAGCAACGCGCAAUCGGGGCUGGGAAAAGCCCGCGCCGGACGGGGACGGGGAGGCAGGCGGGUGGAUGUGUCGGACGUUGCUCGGCCUCGUGGUGCGGUGCGCGAACACGAAUGCGAGGGACCGCAAGCUUGUUGAGGCCGCGCUGUGGGCCUUGGGUGCGGUCGCCAAGGAUGAGCCGAGCGUGGCGGGUGCGGUGGGCGAGGCCUCUCUGGCCUGUGUGCUGAUGCUUGCGAAAACCGUCGAGGCGGUGGAUGUGCAGGUCGCCGCGUGUCUCUGCGCGACGCACAUAUUGCGUGCGCUCCCUGGUGCGGCGCCAGACGGGGCGGUUCUUAGUGUGCUGAGCGUCCUCAAUCAUCUUAUCGCGGAGCCGGGCAUGGAGACCAGGACGAAAGCGUGCUUUGUAUUGUAUCAUCUUGUCGCGGACCACCCUGCGCUGGCACUGACAGCCUACGAGCGUGGGUCAGUGGGUCUCCUGGCGGCGGUACUGCGGGAUAUUGCCGAGCCGGAGGACGGGGAUGAUGAAGCGGAGAGCGUCUCCGCUCUACGCGAGGCAGCUCUGACCUGCCUCGCGGCGCUAGCGCUCUUCGAGAACAAUAUCCGUCUUGCACUCACGUCGUCGUCGCCAUCUCUGCUUCCCACGGUACUGGCAGCGCUGACGCACCCGCGCGUUGGGGUGCGGUAUGCGGGGUGCCAGUGCGUGCGCGCGCUCAGCCGCGGCCUGGCGGUGCUACGCACGAAUAUCGUCGACAGUGGGCUUGGUAUGGGUGUGUUCGCCGUCCUUAUGCGGCAGGAGGAUAAGCGCGUCAUUGGCGCGGCGCUUGCCGCGGUAUGUAACAUCGUUAAUGGCUUCUCGCCGUUGCGGCCGAUCUAUCUCGACCAGGGCCUGAUGCCGCGCCUUGUGAAACAUAUUGCUGGUUCAGAGGCGACACUGAGGCUGAGUGCGCUCUGGGCGGUCAAGAAUCUGCUCAGCAAGAGCAGCGGCGAGACGAAACGAGAUGUCAUGGCUCAGCUUGGCUGGCCGCGUCUGGCCUUGCUUCUGGGGGACCCAGACGUAGGCAUUCAAGAGCAAGCCUGGCACAUCCUGCGCAACCUCGCAGAGAACGAAGCUGGCGUGGAGAUGGCCUUCCGCGAACUCGGCCCGGCGCCCAUCGUCGCGCACCUUGUGCGGGUGCUCAGCCACUCAUCGGCGACGACCACCCCCGUUGCACCUGCCCCAGCGAAUCCACCGCCUACCCCGAGUCCCACAACGGCCACACACAACCAAGACAGCCUCCUCCCCGCGACAUGCGUCGUCGCGAACAUCGCGAACACGGGCACGCCGUACCACGCGCACCUGCUGUCUUCCCCCGCCCUGCUGCGCGCUCUGCGGUCCGUCCUCGCCGACGCGGGCAUAGCGGUCCGUCGGCCCGCAGUGCAUGCGAUCCUGGAGCUCGCGCGGGGCAGUGCGGCGGCGCGCCGGGCGCUGGCGGAGGCGGGCGUGCGGGGCACGUUGGCGGUACUGGUACGGGGCGGGAGCACCGGUGCGGAGGAGCGGGAUGUCGUUGAGCAGGCGAAGAUGGCGCUGGAUUGGCUCGAGCAUGGGGAGCUGGAUCGUUAGAUUCGGCCUUGUACACUGUCUUUGAUUGAUCAUCACCUUAUAUGUGUGGGAAUAUCAGCACCGCUUGUGAAGGAUACUUUGUGGUCGCAUUCAGUGUGCGAUGUAGGCACAUUGAGAAGGGAGUGACCUGCCUAUUAACCGCAUUGGUGAAGGUACCGUUAAGUGUGCACUUGACAAACGGGAUAUCGUGAUGCCAAUGAGGACAGUUCCCAUCUGAAUCAUAUCGACCCUUAUCUCCUCACUCUCCAUUCGCAGGUUUCGUGAUUCAGGAGCUAGUAGAGCACGCCAUCCUCCUUUACGUCUGAAACAAUGCCACGUUCUUGCGGCUGCUCUCGUGAAAGUGUUUCAUACCCCGCGCUAGGCGCCUUCAGUCCUAGGGGCAAGAGAGGAUUCCUCGUAGAGGCCCAGUUCCCCAGGGGGGGAAUCACUUCUAGUCUCAACACGAAUGGUGGAUUUUAUCUGGCUACUCUGAC